CCGGGUUUCAAUGCGCGUACGCAGACGAAAGCUUUACAGUAAUAACAGCCACCUGUCGAUUAGACGGUUCCCACAAAUAGUCAGUACUAGUGUAUCAAGUAAACUCCAACUAGGGUAUAGAAAUGUAGUAGUAAUAUUAUUUUAAAAAAUAUGAAUCGUUGGUUGUACGGUUCCAUUAUUUUAUUUAAAUCUUAAAUAGUAUUGUACCUAAAAAAAAAUAUCAUAGUAAAUGAUACAAUAUAUGAAUAAAUAAUAAAUUACAGUUUUAGUACAUCAAGUAUUAGUAAAGAUUUUUCGCUUUUUGAAAAGUAUCUUGAAGAAAUUAUCCAAUUACACCAAAAAUACGGUGCCAAAUAUAUCCAGAAAUCAAGAUUUUCUAAGAGAUGAGUUUUAUUAAAGAAGCGUCUGACCAAACUCGAUUAAUACUACUUAUAAAGAUUUUAAAUGGAUUGGAGAUGAAAUUAGAAAAUUAAAAGUAGAAUUGAAUUAAAUUGAAUCUCUUUAAUAUAUAAAAUAUCUAAUUAUUAACAACAAUGAAACACAAAGUAUAAUCAGUAAUCAAGCACUUUAUAAUCAAAAUUAUCACUGUAGUUUUAGAAAUAUUAGAUAAAUAAUUAUGCAUUUAAUAACCAAAAAGGAUAAAUAAUUUAAUCAUAAGAAUAACGUGUAAAAAUGGAUACACCUUUUUAUUCUGAACAUAAAAGAAGUCUUAGUGCUAGAUGGGUAUGCCCAAAUGAUCGUCAAUUGGCACUUCGUGCAAAAUUGAAAACUGGUUGGUCUGUUAAAAGUGGAUCUCUUGAUUACCUUUAUGGUGAUUAUUCUCCCUAUGCACAAAAUGAUAAAGCUUCAUCCAAUACAUCAAGUACAAGUAAUAAAAAAACAUCUUCAUUAACAGCAGAAGAACAAGAAACAAUCAUUGCGGUUAUUCAACGGGCAGAAGCUUUAGAUCAACUAGAACAAGAAAGAAUUGGAAAACUAGUUGAAAGGUUGGAGAAUAUCAAACGUAACGUAACUCUAGUCCAUACAACAAGACUAAAUAAUAAAAGCUGUGGAAGUCGAUGUAUUAGAGGUAAUAAAUGUGUUUGCUGUUGUGCUUUAUGUGGUGAAAAAUUUUCAAUCCUUGGACCUGGUCCAAACAUCUGCAAAGACUGUCGUAAAUAUGUUUGUGAAAAAUGUUGUGUUGAAACAUUGACUAUGUCAUUACCAAGGAAUAAAAAAGGAUAUCAACAAAACUACAAAAAUUCAUCAAUACCUAAUCUAUCAAGCACAGAAUAUUUAGACCAUGUAGAUUCAUCAAGAGCACUAACUAAAGUCUUCCUAUGUCGAAUCUGUACAGAAACUCGAGAAAUGUGGAAAAAAAGUGGAGCUUGGUUUUUCAAAAGCUUACCAAAAUAUAUAUUACCUGAAAAGAAGAAACCAAAAGGCAUUAAUAAAUAUAAAGAUCGUACUGUUACAAGUAGUAUUGGUUCAAUAGAACCACCUGAACCUGAUUCAUCAUCAGAGGAUGAUCUGGGAGCUAAAUCAAUUCAAACUUUUUCAUUCCCUUCCAAUACAUCAUUAGAUCCAACUGAUCUUGUCUUUCCACAAAAACGUAAUAUUAAUAAUCAACCAGGAACAGAAACACUAGAUACUGAUAAUAAACAAACGGUUGAAAGGAAUUUUUCAAAUCUUAAUCAAAACGAUACAUAUCAACAAUCUGUACAUUUUAAUUAUCUAUCACAUAAUCAACUACUUGUUCCAAGUACUUCCUCAUCAUCAACAUCACUAUCAUCACCACAAUCUUUAACAUCUCCUUCAUCAACAUCUAAAUCAGCCAAUAGGCUUAAAGAACAAAAAGAUAAAAUAAUCUCAGGUAGUCAAACCUCAGUAUUUUAUACACAUCUGUCAACGGAUAGUGCUGAAUCUAUUGAUGGAGAAUCUGCAACAUGUUCUCAAGAUAAAAUAUCUAAAAAAGAUUGUAACCAAAGAACUCCUUCAAAUGAGGAGAUAUCUAAUGAAGUAUUUAAAUAUCAAUCUAAUGGAAUUAGAAGACACAGUAUCAACAGCGACAGUGCUAUCAACGACAGGCACAACGAUACAAAUUUAAAAUUGGAACAAGAAAAAAGUCAAAUUCCUUUCUACAAGCAAAUAGAAAAUAUCGCAGUCAUGCACGAGGAGAGGACGUAUGGAAAACUUGAAAUAACACUUCGAUACGAACCAGCAUCACAGAGUUUGCAAUGCAAAGUAGAAAGAGCAAGGAACUUACGACCAAUGGAUAUUCACGGAUUGACAGACUCAUUUUGCAAGUUAAAUAUACUUCCUGUGGAUUCCAAUAAUACAACUGUCAGAAACUUCCGAACUAAAACAGUCCACAAAACCCGAGAUCCAGAAUUCAACGAACUACUUUACUUCUACGGGAUUACAGAGAAUGAUAUCAGAAGCGAAAAAGCCUUACACGUACUAGUUCUUCAGGACGAUAUAGCGGGUCGAGACUUUCUCGGCGAAGCCAGAUUUCCAUUGCGAGAUUUACCGCUUUGUCAGACGAAAUAUUACAACGUCUUGCUAAAAGAUCAAUACCAGAUCUCGAAAGAACAGGAGAAAAUAACAUGGGGCGAGGACAUCAGUAACGGCCGUGGUCUUAUUUAUUUAUCAUUAAAUUAUAACACAGAUCGAUGUGUUUUACUAGUCAAUAUACAAAAAGCAACAAAUUUAUUGUCAAUGGAUAGUAACGGAUUUUCUGAUCCGUUUGUUAAAUUAACUUUAAUGCAAGAUUCAAUUCAAUCAAUGGAUGAUAGUUCUAAACAUAGUCAUGUAAAACAUCCUGGAAGUACAGGAAAAAAACAAUCAAAACUUAAAAAAUGGAUACCUUUAAAUACAUCAAAAAGCUCAAAAAAUUCUUAUAUAACUCAUUCGACUAAAGUUAAAUGGAGUACACUUAAUCCAGAAUGGAAUGAAGAAUUUGCUUUUGAAAUUCCUUUAUCAGAACUUACUGCCCUUGCCUUGAUCAUCACAGUUUGGGAUAAAGAUUUAGGAAAGAAGAAUGAUUUUCUAGGGAGCCUUAUUUUAGGUUGUAGUAGCAAAGGUGCUAGACUUCAACAUUGGAUAAAUAUGAUCAAAUAUACCGAUCACUAUCAUCAUGCUAGUCACGAAUUAACUGGAAACGUUGUAUUUCAUGAUUAAUAAUUCUAUUUCUAUAAUAACUUGAUACGCACAUC